AUGUCAUUGCCUUAUUUGUUCUUAGAUUCUGAAGUCACGUCUCCAAUUGCUCUUUCCCUUGCUUUCAUUAUUUUUAUGUUUCUUGUCAAAUUCAUACUCAAAACCCACAACAAAAGUAGCGUCCCAGUCGUGCCUCUCCCUCCAGGGCCAAGCCCAUGGCCAAUUGUGGGUUGUUUGCCUGAAAUGUGGAGGAACAGACCAGCGCACAGAUGGAUCCACAGCCUCAUGAAAAAACUCAACACUGAUAUUGCCUGCAUACGCCUAGGAAAUGUCCAUGUCAUCCCAGUAACUUCACCAGAAAUUGCCAGGGAAUUUUUGAAGAAAAAUGAUGCAGUUUUCGCAUCGAGACCCGUCACAAUGGCCACUAAAACUUUAAGUAGCGGGUACUUGACCACAGUGGUUGGGCCUUGGGGAGACCAGUGGAGGAAAAUGAGAAGGUUUUGGUUGCUGAAGCGUUCAACCCGUCUAGGGUUCAUUGGCUACUUGGUAAGAGAAACGAAGAAGCUGAUAACCUGGUUAAGUUUCUGUAUAACCAAUGCUCAGCCAAUCAAAAUGGUGCAGUGGUGA